AUGGUCACCCAACCUCUAAGCCGUAGAAAUAUAGUUACCGGGGAUCAAAAGAACGACAAUAUCUUUGAUAUGAAUAUAAAGCCGAGAAGCAGGACUGAAACCACAAUUAGAGGGCGAGACGACCUACGGUUCACUGGUACAAAGAAAAAGCAGGCCGCCAAGCUACUCAAAGGCAUAUACUCUUCAAGAAAAAUCGACAUACCCAUAAGCCUCAGAUAUUUCUUCAAAAACCACGAUGACACAGAGAUUGGUGAAUCGUGGAAGCCACGCCGAGUAAAUCAGCAAUCGCUAAUGAUAGAUGGAGAGCCUGCAGGGGAGCUGGGAGUAACCACUGGCGAAGAGCGAAAGGCUAGCCUAGAAACUACCUCGAGUCAGUCUCCUAACAGUGCCACUGGAGUGGAGGAGGAUGCUGUACUUUGCCUCUUCCAUUGCAUCCCAAAUUUGUUCUUUCUCUUUAUUAUGAUAAUACGCUUUUUCUGGUUCGAUACAACGGUUGCCCAGAUCCUCUUGGCCCACACGCUCUCGCCUCAAUUCGAGGUUGAACAGUCAGCGAAUCAUGGCGUGCAACGCCCGCGUGAACAGAUUCCCUCACUCCAAUACCUGACAAAUCAGGGUAAUCUGUUGCAAGAUGUCGACAUGAUGCUACAGGAAAGUUACUGA